CUCAAUUUUUCGUCCCCAAAAGUAUCUACUCGCAUCCGGAUUUAACGACGUGGUGGUGGAAUUUAAUGACGCGGUGGUGCAACACUAGAGGAGACAAUAUGGGCUCCGGCGGUGAGAAUUUGUGUAGUAGAAAUGAAAGUCGCAGAAAGGUUCCCAUUGAAGUUAUGUAGACGGGGGAGAACUCGAUUCCACGGCCAUUACGAUGGCCUCCGGCCGCGCUAAUCGCCGCCUCUUCUCCCCCAAGGCUACCAACGCCAUCUGUAGGCCACUAUUCCCGAUAAACUGCCCGCCGCCUCCUUCUCCUUGCCCUCCUCUUCCUCCACCACCUCCUCCUUGCCCUCCUCUUCUCACUGUUUCCGAGGAAUCCACCACCAUACGCUUCCACCACUCCAGAUCCAUCCUUCCUGCCCUUUCCGUCGCCGCCGCCUCCGUUGUCUCCGUCUCCGCAAUCAUGAUCCUUCUCACUCUCCUCCUAAUCCGCCUCCGGCGCCGUUCUUCCGCCGCUCGGGAAGACCCUGUCGCCGCCGCGGCGCCGCUCGAGGACGAUGAUGGCGGAGAUGGCGAUGGUGAUGGCGAAGAAGUGAUGCACCACGUCUGGUACAUACGAACGGCCGGCCUGGAUGAGUCCUUCAUCGAGUCCAUCACCGCGUGGGCCUACAAGGCCGGCGACGGCGUCCUCGGAGCCUCCGCCACGGGCUGCUCCGUGUGCCUCUCGGAGUUUCGCGACGGCGAACUCGUCCGCCUCCUCCCGAAGUGCGAUCACGCCUUCCACCUCGGUUGUAUCGAUACAUGGCUACGAUCCCACGUCAAUUGCCCCCUUUGCCGAGCUCCAAUCUUCGCACCAACCUCCGUUACCUCUGCUACUACGCCCUCCUCCUCUUCUCUACCCCCACCUGAAUCCGGCGUGGUUCUCGCCGGGCCCAAUACGAUCGCAUCAGCAGACGACGACCAGAUGGCCGGCCGGCAAAUCGAUCUCAGUCCCGGUACCUCAGAAGAGGAACUCGAAGGUGAAAGAUCAGAACUCGAAGCUGAAAAUCGAGCCGUAGCAGUCCCCAUCCCAAGCGCCGAGUUGCAAGUACCUACCGACAUCGGUGAAGAUGAAUUCCUGCCCAUCAGGAGAUCGUUCUCCGUCAAUUCGAUUUCCCCGGAGUUGGAAGGAAGUCUCAGGAACAUCAACAACAAGAAAAAGCAAGCCUUGGAGGAAAAUUCGCAUGCUCGAACCACGACCAGGGCAAAGCAUGCCCGUCAUGCCAGCUCUUUCCGCAAGGAAAUGGGAAGAUCCUUAGCAAGUGCUAGUGAGAGGUUCAUCUUCUCUGUAAAUGGGCGAGCUCGAAGCUCAGUUUGUCCACAGUGAUGUCUGCAACAUGUACACGAGUAUAAAAAUGACAACUUUCUUAGGGUUCUCAGCAAGUUGAGAGCCACUUUUGUUGCUGUAUCUGUUCUAGUUCAUCAUGUAAGUUGAGUUUCUGAUCCGUGUGAUCCAAAGUAAUGGCCAAUUUGUGAGUUUGUUGGUCAGUGUAUUUACAGAUCGAUCCAUUUCUGGACAAGCCCAGCCCAUUUCCACUUUUUCGUCUCUAGGGCUUGAUAUAUUUCUCCCCCAAUUCCAUCUCUGUUCCCUCGGAUGAGCGAUGUCUGCGCUGGUGCUUCCUUCAAGUCUCUCCCGAGGAUCUGCGAGCACGCUCCUCGAAGGGCAUCGCCUCGCCUUCCCAAUCCGCCAUGUGCCUCGCCGGCAAUUUUUUCGAAUCGACGCAAGGAAUAACGCUCGGGAAGAAAGCGCCAAGAUAAGAAACCGGAGGAUGCAAAGAAAGGUACCCUGUGGUUCAAAGACUUCAAGUCGGCACCUUGCGUGAUAAUUUUUCAUGCUUUCUAUGUGUUUACCUUGUUGUGAAGAAUUCGACUUGUGAUGGAUUCUUCUUUUCCUUGUUGUGAAGUACAAUGGUUCGGCUAGGAAGCCUAGACUCUCUGUGUUCUGCUCCAACAAACAAUUGUAUGCGAUGCUGGUCGAUGAUCAAAACAAGAAAACUCUCUUCUACGGCAGCACGUUGCAGAAAUCGAUUCGGGGAAAUCCUCCAUGUACCAGUGCUGAAGCUGCUCAGAAGGUGGGCGAAGAGCUGAUCGAAGCGUGCAAGAAUCUGAACAUAUCUGAAAUAUCCUCUUACGAUCGUAAUGGUUGCAAGACGGGUGAAAGAAUAUCGGCAUUCGAGAUUCCUAUCUCACUACAUGGCUUCUUGUUUAGUUAGCUUCAAUUCCCAACUUUUGCAUCAUGUAUAUAAAUUCGAGGGACAGCAAACACUAAUUAUAACAUGGUGGCUUAAUUUGAGCA